UACCUUCGCUGGAGCUCCACCACGCAGUGCGCGUACAAAUCUGACCGAGAAAGGAACUGUGUCACGAGCAGUAUAGAACGAUAUCUACGUGCAACUUUUGGAUUCAAAAUUUUAGUUCAGCGUCUACACGAGGACCGGGCUCAUUUGUUGUUGACGAUCAGUCCUGUUCCAUCCCUCGGUCACCUUCACUGACGAUGGGGUGAUUGCGGUCUCUCUACACAACUUCAACACCAACGAUCAGAAGUCAGCUCAUCCUCCUGAUGUCAGAAGAUUCAGAUUCCAAGCACUAUUGCUUUUCGGUACCGAAGGACCAAGAUGGCGCUUCGAGCUGCCGAGCAUCCACAUCGUGCGGCUCCGUGCCGAGGGGGGCCUCUGGCUGCGGCUCCAUGGCGCAGCUGCAACGGAUGAGCAGCUACAGCCAAGGCGGGCCCGAGCUCGGCCUGCCGUCGGAGGGCAGCGACAGCAGCGGCCAUGACGCCCCUUCUGCCGGGCCGCGCAAACUUCGCAAGAGUUCUCGUUCCCUCUCGCGUCCGGAGGAGGACGUGGAGAUGAAGAGCAGCGGGUCCUGCGGCAGCGGGACCGAGUCGCACGGCAACGAGAGCCACGGCAACGAGAGCCAUGGCCACGAGAGCAACGGUCACGAGUCGACGGGCAGCUCCAACAGUAACAGCAAAGAUUCCGCUUUGUUGGAGUCUUCUGGAAGCAACAAGAGCUCAAACUCCCACAGUCCAUCUCCCCCCAGUAGUUCAAAUGCCUUCAGUUUGCUGAGCUCCGAGCAGGACAACCCUUCCACCAGUGGUUGCAGUAGUCAGGAAUCUGCUAAAGCCAAGACUCAAAAGGAAGUGCUGAAGACCCUGAAAGAGCUGAAGCUGUACCUGCCUGCCGAGAAGAGGCAAGGCAGCAAUUCCUCCACGUUGAACACGCUCAAGUACGCUCUGCGCUGCGUCAAGCAGGUGGAAGCCAAUGAGGAGUAUUACCAGUUGCUGAUGACCAAUGACAGUCAACCUUCCGGCCUGGAUGUAUCUUCGUACACCAUUGACGAGAUAGACAGCAUUAUGUCGGAAUACACCCUCAAAAACAAUGACAUUUUCGCAGUGGCCGUGUCACUCAUCACGGGAAAGAUCGUAUACAUCUCCGACCAGGCUGCCUCCAUCCUGAACUGCAAAAGGGACGUGUUCAACAACAGCAAGUUUGUGGAGUUCCUGAUCCCGCAGGAUGUCAGCAUGUUCUACAGCUUCACCACGCCAUACCGCCUGCCCUCUUGGAGCAUGUGCAGUGGGGCUGAGUCAUUGCCGCCUGACUGCAUGCCGGAGAAGUCCUUCUUCUGCCGUAUCAGUGGACGUAAGGAGUGCAAAGGCGACCUGCAGUACUACCCCUUCCGAAUGACUCCGUACCUGAUGAAAGUCCAAGUGGCAGCACACGCCGAGGACCAGUUCUGCUGCCUCCUCCUGGCCGAGAGGGUUCACUCGGGUUAUGAUGCACCCCGGAUUCCGACAGAUAAGCGCGUCUUCACCACCACGCAUUCUCCAAGUUGCGUGUUCCAGGAUGUGGAUGAACGAGCCGUUCCUCUCCUGGGUUACCUCCCCCAGGAUCUGAUUGGCACAUCGGUCCUCCUCCACUUGCAUCCUAACGACAGACCCGUCAUGCUGGCCAUUCACAGAAAGAUCCUCCAGUAUGCCGGGCAGCCGUUCGAUCACUCGUCGAUCCGAUUCUGCGCACGCAACGGUGAAUACGUCAUGCUGGAUACCAGCUGGUCCAGUUAUGUCAACCCCUGGAGUCGCAAGGUCUCCUUUGUGAUCGGGAGACACAAAGUACGAAUGGGCCCUGUAAAUGAGGAUGUAUUCAUGGCCCCGCUCUCUGCUGGAGCCGAGUCAAAGACCAUGGACUCGGACAUCCAGGAGAUCACUGAGCAGAUCCACAGGCUCCUUCUGCAGCCGGUUCAUAACAGUGGGUCCAGUGGCUACAGGAGUCUGAACAGCACCGACCACCUCCUGGGCAUGACCUCCUCUAGCGAGAGCCUCAACAAUGGCACCAAGUUCCACCAAGAGGACGAUGAGGAGGAAGAAGUGAGCAGCAAAGCCCGGCCGCGAACCUUCCAGGAAAUCUGUAAAGGAAUUCAUCUCCAGAAGCACCAGGAACAGUGCAAGAAAAUCAAUAGCAGUAAGUCGAGAAUCCCGACCUGUUCUAUUUGGACCGAUCCUGCCUUGCGUUCACCCCUUAACUCCCUCACUUUAGUCGAGUCUGCUCAGAAGAACCCGGCAGUGGUGAGGCCCAAGGACUUGUCGGCCUUACUCAGCUGGAAGGAGAGCGCCCCCCCGAUGGAGGAGAACCGAUCCUCAUCCCACGAGGAGAUGCCACUCAAUGACCAGACGGUCUACUCCUACCAGCAGAUCAGCUGUCUAGACGGUGUUAUCAGGUACUUGGAGAAUUGCAAUGUUCCCUUCGCUCUGAAGAGGAAAUGUCAAUCCUCCUGUAACACCACGUCCUCUGACGAGGACAAACACAAAGUCGGCGCCACAGUCCAGGCUUCUCAAGAACCGGCCUUGUUGAAGGAUCAGCACGGUCUCUCCACUUUGGAUGACCCCGAUAAAAAGUCCAGUGACGCGGCCAGAGCGGUAGUGGGCACUUCGCUGCCCCUACCUUUACCUAACAAGCCAGAAAGCGUGGUGUCCAUCACCAGCCAGUGUAGCUACAGUAGCACCAUAGUUCAUGUUGGGGACAAGAAACCUCAGCAAGAAUCAGAGAUCACAGAGGAUGUGUCAGGGGCGGGUGAAGUGGCAGAAUGCAGCCACAACCCGGCACAGGCGCCUCCAUCUUGGGGUGUUUCGCCUCGGGGCCAAGAAAGGGAGUCGUACAGGAAACUGGGUUUGACCAAGCAGGUUUUGGCAGCCCACACGCAGAAGGAAGAGCAGAGCUUCCUGAUUCGCUUCAAGGAAUUGCGCAGGCUCACUGCCCUCAAGGCCAACUGUUCGCAGUACCUGGAGCGGCAGAGAGAGAAAAACACUGAUGGUGCACAAGCCGCCCAGCAUAGGAAGCAAAACGGCCUGGGGUCUGAGCACAACGCGGCGCGGCGCAGCGCGCGCAACAGAAAGACCAAAUCCAAGCGAGCCAAGCAGACCGAGUCCUCGGACAGCACCGCGUCUUAUCCGAGGCACCAGCAGCCGCGAGGUCCCCCGCUGAACCAAGCCCUCAACCCCACAUCCUGGUCCGUUUCCGACACGUCGCAGUCCAUGUUGCCCGUAGCCUACCCAGGGUACCCCCUCCAGGUUUUCCCCAGAGACGCUUCUGUUGCGCCCCACGUGAACACCCCUCUGCAAUGUUUCGGUGACAAACAAGGGGCUCCUCCCUGCCCACCAGGAGUCCCUCAUUCGCCCUACACAGCACCGAUGGUGGCUCCCAUCAUGGCUCUUGUGCUGCCGAAUUACCUUUACCCAGCCUUGGGUCCCGGACCUCCGCAGCCGGCGUACCAGCUGGGGACUGAUGCUUUCCCCAUCCAAGCCCAACCUUACGCCCAGCCCGCCUUUCCGGGACAAGCGACCAUAAUGACUCCUGCCCCGUUCAACCCUCAGAGCCCCCAGCCCGCCUUUCCGGGACAAGCGACCAUAAUGACUCCUGCCCCGUUCAACCCUCAGAGCCCCUUUACCCCUCAAAUGGGCUACGUGGCGCCGUCGUUCUACUUCCCCCCGGCCACUUCAGAAGUUCCCAAGGUCCCGGUGGUGGCGGGCCAGUCUCGUGCCUCCACGCCACAGUCCGCUUCGCCGCCGCUGUUCCAGUCCCGCUGCAGUUCUCCUCUGAACCUCUUGGAGUUGAAGCUCUCCGGGGACCGGCAGGACGGCACAACGUUGCCCUCCGCGGGACAAGGCGGCAAUGUGGCCGAACGGGAGAAAGGGGCGGCAGGGACCCCCCAGGCCAAAGAACUGAAUCAGCCAUCUCUCAGUCUCCUUGGUCCACCUGGACCGUUGUAUUGCGAGGGCACGAUCCAUGUCUGUGAGCGUUUGUCUUGGGAUAAAGGCAUGUUCUCUUCUAGGCUGAGGGCUUGCAGCAGUGAGGCGAGUUCUCGCGGCGACUGCAACAACAGCGACAACAACUCAUCGUCGAGCGACAUGCUGGACAUCAUCCUGCAGGAGGACUCGUGUUCGGGCAGCGGCUCGGCCACCUCGGGGUCCGUGCGAUCUCGCUCCAACGGCUGCGGCACCUCGGCCAGCGGGACGUCCAACAGCAGAGCGUCGGCCAGCGGGAUCUCCGCAAGUGUGGAAGGUAGCAACAGCAGCAAAUACUUUGGCAGCGUGGACUCGUCGCAGAAGAGCCAAAAUGUCAAAGGUCACUCGAGCGGCAGCGAGAUGGAGCCCAGCGAGCGCUUCGUCAACUACAUCCUCCAAGAUCCCGUUUGGCUCCUCAUGGCCAAGGCCGAUGACAAAGUCAUGAUGACCUAUCAGCUGCCCUCACGCGACAUCCAGAAGGUUCUCAAGGAGGACCGCGAGAAGCUGCGGCUGAUGCAGAAGAGUCAGCCGAGCUUCACGGAGGAGCAGAAGAAGGAGUUGAUGCAGGUGCACCCCUGGAUGAAGAAGGGCGGCCUGCCCAAAGUCCUGGAGGUCAAGGUGUGCUCGUGUUGCGACGGUGCCAUCCACGCGCCGUCCACUGAUGACCUGCCGGACUUGGAUCUGGUCGAGCAGGAGGCCCUGGUGGAGGGGGGCUGCCAGAGGACCCCUCCCCCUGAGGACCCCUCUGACAUCAUCGACACAUCUGCAUGCUCUCAGACAGAAACAAAUAGUCGACUGAAUGCACACGCACACAAAAGAAAAAUCAAGACUUUUUAACAUGUGACUGACCAUCUGUUGUUUUCUGGGCAGGGGAGCUUGGGGGCGCUCUUCAUUCCAAAACAUUAAGCGUCUACCUCUUGCCGUUAAGACUUUGAAUGUGUCUCAUAAUUUUUGGACAAAUUUUUUU